AUGUCUGACCUCCCACCGAGAGGUCGGGGUGCGAGGCCCCCCGGGGCGGUUCCUAGGAGCCGUCGUGGGGGGGACUCGGGCUCUGCCCCACCAGCAAUACCACCAUCAGUCGCUGGCUCAUCGUCCUUUGGCAGUGAUGCCUCGCCAAUCUUGCCAGACCCUACCUCGACUAGGGCCACAUACUCGACAGUCGUGCCAGCUCGAUCUCGCCACACAUCGCCCCGCCGCAGGUCCCGGUCCACCACGGGUUCCGCCCAUUUGUCCGCAGAUGAGUCUGACUCAAGGACGGCCCACCCCCAGGAGAUGGAGGUAGAGGGCAUCCAGGGAGGGGAGGAGGUCUCGAGGGACCCCUCCGUCGACCUUCUUCUGGGUCAAUACGCCUUGAAGUUCCGAGACACUGUCGAGGAUCUUCCUGGCGAUCUCAAGGUAUUGACCACCUCCAUUGCGAAGGCCACAGACUGGGUUCUGCGGGCCGCGCACCACAAUCCGCUCACCAUCGAUGGGGGCGAUGCCUUCGUGGCCCAGAUGACGUCCUUUGUGAACGCCGUCAUGGCCACUGACUUUACGGUGCUCGGUGGCAGCCCGCUUGCUAUCUACAAACACGCCUCCCCUCCUGCUGCCCAUGGGCUGCUCGAUGAGGGUGUCGCUGGCAUAGGGGCUCCACCCGAUGUCCUCAUGCAGGCAUUGGACGACCUUGGUCGCCCGGCCUCCCCGCCUCGCAUCCCUGCUUCCAAGAAGUGCAAGGGUGUCGAUCGUCCGGUCCCACCUCCUCCUCAGAAGAAGAGCAAGGUGGCCUACUCUCGCCCUGGUCCGCCUCCGCCGAUCAACCGCGCCACCAAACCCAAGCCCUGUCCAACGACGUGGGCAGGGAUCGCACGACAGGCCGCUCGGAUGCCUCCCCCGCCUCCUGGCUUGGGACCGCAGCGCCGCGGGCCUUCUCCUCCUCCCCCUGCAUUCCCAAUGGGCCUGAUGAAGACUUCACCUCAUUGGUCCAUUCCUUCUUUUACUUCCGAGGACCCCACCCGGAAGCAGGUUCUUGUGUCGUUCGGGGGUACCCCUCCCAACCUCACGAAAUUCUUCACCGAGUCGGCUGUCCGUGCAGCCAACGGGUACUUAAGGGAUGGUCAAUCUAUGUUGAAGGUCACCUCCAUCGUUCGCGCCUACGACGGUUUGUCGUUGGUCACCCCCGCUGUUGCCAGCCCGUCCGAUCUGGACAUCCUGCGCAACUUCAUCUGCAAAAGCCUCCCAAUGGGUACUCCGUUCGAGGUCGCGCUCCCAUCGUCGACAUCUUUCAUAAAGAUCCUCGAUGUUCCUUAUUUCGAUCCGAAAGGGUUGAAGAUCACCCAGGAGGCGCUUGAAAAGGCCCUCCAUACCUCGGUUCACGCUGAGGUCUUCGCCUAUCUGAGCACCAAGCCUCGGAUCGAUCGCAAUUCGGCGCACUCGACAUCGUGCACCGUCUAUUGCAACAUCUGGGACUCCCAGCAGGGAACCCGUGCCAAGAAGGCCUUAGGCCAACCAAUCUUCCUUGCCGGGCGGUCCUGCGCAAUCAGGCUGGCCGCACAACACACCGGGGUCCCGCUCUGCCAGCGCUGCUGGAAGUGGGGCCACCCCACCGUCGCCUGCAAGGCGAAACAACUCUCCUGCCCUAUCUGCUCAGGUCCGCACAAGCAGAAGGAGCACCGUCAACAUGCGGGAUGUUGCAAGGGCAACGCGAAAGCAAAGCCUCCUGUGCCGCCCACCCCUCGCGACCAGCCUUGCCCCCACAAGGGCCGCUGUGUCAAUUGCCACAAGGACCACGCCACCAACUCAGCGUCGUGCAAGUUCUGGGCCCACCACUACGACCGUGAGUGGAUCAUGGCUGAGUAUCGUCAGGUACGUGAGCAUGCUGCUCGCCGCCAACUUACUAACCCCCAAACCUAG